AUGACGAAAUUUCAUAAUCCGUAUGGAGGAGCUCCAGGAGGACCAGCAUUCCCUGGACAAGCUCAGGAUCCUUUGUAUGGUUAUUUUGCUGCAGUAGCAGGGCAGGAUGGACAAAUAGAUGCUGAUGAGCUACAGAGAUGUCUCACCCAGUCAGGGAUUGCAGGAGCGUAUAAACCUUUCAACUUAGAGACUUGCAGACUCAUGAUCUCAAUGCUGGAUAGGGAUAUGUCUGGCACACUGGGAUUUAAUGAGUUUAAAGAACUCUGGGCUGUGGUCAAUGGCUGGAAGCAACACUUCAUAACUUUUGACAACGAUAGAAGUGGUACAGUGGAUCGUCAAGAACUGGAGAAAGCCUUGAUGAAUAUGGGAUUUAGACUGAGCCCACAGGCAGUGACUGCAAUCACAAGGCGAUACAGCACUCGUGGAAAGAUUACAUUUGAUGAUUACAUUGCCUGCUGUGUGAAACUCAGAGCUCUCACUGAAUGUUUUAGAAGAAGGGAUACAUCUCAGCAGGGUUUUGUGAACUUCCAGUAUGAUGAUUUCAUACAGUGUGUUAUGAGCAUCUAAAUCAAAAGGAAGCAAGCCGUGGAUGAUCACGAUU